CCCAGGCUGACCUGGAAUUCACUAUAUAUAGUAUCAGCCUGGCCUCGACUCACCGUGAUCCUCCUACGUCUGCCUCCCAAGUGCUGGGACUAAAGGCUUGCGCCACCACCCCUGGCCUCUACUCCCCUUUCUUCGAUGUAGAGGAGACGGGCCUCCAACAUCUGAGGGUCCCCUGGACCGAACACAUUUACCCCCUCCUUAGGUCCCUCUUGUCAGCUCCAAAAAGACACUUUGAAACAAGAAUGCCAUCUCCUCUGGGUCCCCCACAUCUGUCCCUCAGGGACCCCAAGACCACCCUGAAGGAUCCGGAGGCCGCGCGGCUGCAGUUCCGGGGAUUCUGCUAUAAGGAAGUGGCAGGGCCCCGGGAGGCGCUGGCCCACCUGCGAGAGCUGUGUCGUCAAUGGCUGCGGCCUGAGUCCUGCUCUAAGGAACAGAUGCUGGAACUGCUGGUGCUGGAGCAGUUCCUGGGUGUGCUGCCCCCUGAGAUCCAGUCCUGGGUAAGAGGGCAGCGACCAGGCAGCCCUGAGGAAGCUGCGGCCCUUGUUGAGGGGCUGCAGCAGGACCCUGAGCAGCUACUGGGCUGGAUCACAGCCCACAUCCUAAAGCCGAAGAUGCUUCUUGGAGUCCAGAAGACAGAGGAGUCCUUGGAAACCCACCAUACAUCAGAGACAAUGGAGCCCGCUGAGACAGGCCCUGGGGAGGAGCCACAGGAUUCCAGGAUGGAUGGGUCUGCCCAACUCACUUGCACUGUGAAGGAAGAGCCCAGCACAGAUGGACAGGAGAUGGCAUCUCCCAGCCCCCUCCUUCCAGCUAAGUCCCUUGAGGGGCAUCUGGGACAUGAAGAAGCAGCCUCCACAUCUUUCCACUCACACAGGAUUCAGGAGGAGUGGGGUCUGUUGGACAUGUCACAGAAGGAGCUGUACUGGGACGUGAUGCUGGAGAAGUACGGCACAGUGAUGUCCCUGGGUGCCCAGCCCUGCCCUUCUGUGAAAGCCCCACACACGAGGAAGCAACCAACUGACCAUCUUUCACCCACUCCAGCAGGUCUGCCGUCCUCUGGGCCAGAGGCAUCAACUGAGUCAGAGCCAAGACCAGGGCAGCAGAUAGCAAGCUCAGAGCCCGAGGCCCACAGGAGCCACCUCUCAGGAGUGGGGGCCACUGUAUCACCAGGGCUCCACCAGGCCUGCACAUCCCCUCCAGGUGAAAGCCAGAGCCCCUGCAGGGACCCACUAGGCUUGUCUCCUGCACUGCUUCCUGAAGCUCCCACUGGGCCGGCACCCCGAAAGACGUACACAUGCGAGCAGUGUGGCCUCAGUUUCGAGUGGAAGUCAGUGUUCGUCAUCCACCACCGCACACACACAGGUGGACAGGGCCUGGAAAAGCCACUACAGACACGCCAGGAGUCCACUGUGCGACGCCCCGCCAGCUCGAAGAGCUACGCGUGUGAGCAGUGUGGUCGCAGCUUCAGCUGGAAGUCCCAGCUGGUCAUCCACCGCAAAAGCCACGUGGGCCAGCAGCGCCACUUCUGUGUGGACUGUGGGUGUGGCUUUGACUGGAAGUCCCAGCUGGUUAUUCACAGGAAAAGCCACCAGCCUGAGGCCCCAUGAGCAACCAGAGUGGGUGCAUGCAUUUGGGGAGUGUCUAGCCCUUGAUGUAGCACCCAAGCACCCACUCCAGUCAACACAAGGCUCUGGAGGUAGCAGGACAUACCCCAGCGAAUCAGGGAUCCCGAGAAGAUUCACUACUCCCGAUGUGUAGGAAAUAAGCUUUGUCCUUUUGCCCCUGCCUUCUAGAGCUAACCCUGGGUUUGACUUCCCUGACCCAUGCUGGAGUGAUGCCGAGGCCCGGGCUUCCACCAGCAGAGGCACUUGCGUCCCUUAGGUUGCCAGCCUCGUUGCUGGAGUCUCUGUAGAAAGAAGGCACAGGAAGCCCCCCCCCCAAAAAAGCUGGCUUCCGUGCUGCUGCAUGCGCUCCCUGAACUAACGUCCUCAGUUUUUAACAUAAAUUACACUUUUUUUUGAGGCAGGGUUUCACUAACCCAGGCUGACCUGGAACUCAAUGCAUCCUCCUACCUCAGCAUCCCAAGAGCUGGGAUUAAAGGCAUGCACCACCAUACCCGGCUCUAAAUUAAACUUUUAUGAUAGCAGUUUCCAAGUAAGAAUCCUAAGUGGCUUUUGCUGAUUGGAAAAGUGGUGUGCUACUCCUGGCUGGCCACUGGACCCACAUAACAAUGAGGCCAGAAGGACCAUCCCCAUUGUCACCACAGUCAUGUCCCCCAGCCUGCCUGGAUCCUUGGCCACCCACAUCACUCACCACUUCACUGACCUUUGAACUCCUGAAUGUGGGCUUGGGUACCCACAGUAAGGGGAUUUCCUUUCUCAGGGUGGGUGGAUAUGAGUGACCUCUGAGAAGAUAGGCAACAAACAGAUGCUUUAAACUGCGCUCACUUCUAGGUCAGAGCUAUACACCCUACAUAGCCAGUCAGUCAUGAAGCAGGAGGGCAAGGGCCUACUCUACUGCCCAGGGAGCUCUGAGCAGUCACUUGGGACCUGUCUGCACUGUACUGAUAGUUAUCCGCCAAAACUAUUGGUGAGUGCCCUGAAACAACAGACUUGCUUACUGCUCGAGGUAUCGCACUGGCCCAAAGGGGGCAGCAGAAUCCUUCUGCCUCAAGGCUUCCUGAGUCCUCUGGCUCUUCUGCAUCUCCAGCAGUGUCUGGUCAGGUUUCUCGUACUGUAUCACUGACACUCGGCCACUUACAAGGUGUUCUGAUGACAUUGGCUCAAUUGGAUACUCCAAAGUAAUGUAUCUUGACGGUCAGAUGAAGGGACGUAUGUUUUUGUUUGGUUUUUAGUAUUUUUAUUUAUUUGUGAGCGGAGGGCAUAGGUGCACCAGGUCCUUCAGCCACGAGCUCCAGAUGUAUG